GAGACGUGAAGCAAACCGUGACUCAAAAAGCUGCAGCUAAUAAACAGCAAACUAGUUAACAUUAAUCUAUCGUUUGUCUACAAAAUGGAGACGCCUGAAAACACUGCAGAAACAGACUUAGACAUAAAAAUAACUGUCACCCGUGGAAAUAACUUGCAAGGGAAAAAAGCAGGCAGCUUUCAGAGUUUUCUGAAGGCUGAAGUGGAUGGACUGGUGCUGGGAGAAUCGGACAAGAAGCAGUCAGACUCAGCGGAGAAGCGUGUUGACUACAACUUUACCUGCAGCUUCCACUGUCCCAAUGACACUCGGGCUCUCAGUGGCAUGGCUCAUAAACCAAUCAUAUUGACGGUGACAGAGUUCCUGCCUGAUGAGAAGAAAGCUGAGGCAAGGACAGCGGUUCUGGGCCAAGCUGUGGUCGACCUGUUGCCGCUGCUGCAAGGUCAGUGCAGCUUCUCGUCCACUGUCCCACUGAAUCCAGUGACCAUUUCCCCAGGCAAGGGGUCCUCCCAGCAGUCAACCCUGGAUGUGUGUGUCAGUGUGGCGGCUCCAGUUCUGUCUGAGGCUGAACUCUCAACCUCCAACCUGCUGACGGUAACCGUAGAGACGGCCUACUCUAUCCCUGAGUCAUGGAUGCUUCCGUCUGGCCCUGCCCCCACUCCUUUCACAUACACUGCUGCCCUGGAGGUCCCACUCACUGCAGAGAAAGAUCAAGUGCUGGUGUUCUGUGAGGGGCAGCUGAAGGAGGGGGGACAGAGGGAGGAAAAGGGUCGACAGAAGAAGAGGCCCCAUCAGGCCGUACUGGUCCCAGGGAACCUCUCCAUACCAGGAGCAUUUUUCCAAGCAGAGCCCACUGAACAGGAGGACGGCGAGCUGACUGGCUUAGAGGACUGUGAGUUUCGUAAUGAGGCAGAGACCAUUAAGAACAGGGUGAGCUGGGACACAGAGAUAUGCUGCUUCCUGGAUGCAGGAGGAACUGCCAGGUUUCGGCAGAAGAUCACUGAGAGCAGAUUGUGGCCAGUGGAGAUCAUGAGGUCGUCGGCUCCACUUGGAAAGGCAGUUGAAACCAAGCAGCUCCCUGGGGAGAACCCAGAGAUCCCCUUCCAUGGUGUGGCGUUUGUGGACAUGGGGCGGCUGCUGUAUCCUGGAGUCAGCCGUAUCCGAGGAGCAUACAGCAUUCAGCCCUUUUCUGAGGCAGAGUUGCUGAACAAGGCCAAGCAGCGCGUCAGCGUGUUAAAGGAACAGGCCAAGGCUGCAGCCAACCAGAUCAAAGCUCGUGCCAGCUCGUCUGCAGGCUCUCACAAAGCAAAGGGAGGGAGGAAUUUGGAUGGAGGCAACAAGGGAGCCAAGGAUUCAAAGGAGCCAGCCAAAAAGCAUCCUGGCAAUCAUAGCAGGACAGCUGUAGCCGACAGCGUGGCCCACAGCCCGACUGAAGCGGAGCCGCAUGUCAAUGUAGAGGGAAAUAUGUAUUUGGAGGCCAGAACUUAUAUCAUAAUUGAGAUAGCCUUGGAGAAACCACUGGUACUUAAAACACCUCCUGAGGAACUGGCCAGAAGGGUGAAGGCGCUGAUCCCGCCCAGACCUCCACCUCCAGCGGGUCCUACUAGAGCAGAAAGAGCAGUGCGGGACUUCCACAGGCAGGUAGGCAACGUGGUGACCCAUGUUUCAGACCAGUAUAAGGAAUUGUUUGGAGCAAGGGGCAAGCCAUUGGAGGACUGCAGCCGGGAGCAAAUGAAGGUUCAGCUGAUGGGAAUGCUCAAUGUCUCUGGGAGAUACUUCGCCUUCAAGGAACAGAUGAAGCAUGCAGUGGUGAGGCUUGUACGUGACAAGCUACAGCAGACAGAGCCUUUCACUGACCCUCAGGAGCUAAAGGCUUUCGUUAGCAAGCUCUAUGUCUACCUGGUGGAUGAGAUGCACAUAGCACUCAACAAGAUUUAUUCAAAUGAUGUUGAUUAUGACUCCCCGGAUGAGAUCCAGUUGAGUUCUUCUCAGCUCAGACAUUUUGCCAGGGAGGCUCAUCUUACUGGGGAUUAUCAGCAGGCUGCUCAGUACUACCAAGAGCUAGUGGUGAGACAUCCCAGUGAGCCCUCCCACAAGUUUGAAUGGGGGAGCCUCUACAUGCUGACUGGAGACUACAUGAAGGCCAACGAGUGUUUCCGUGAUGCUGUGUCCAUCCAACAGGCACACCAGCCCAGCCUGAUGAUGUGUGGGGUCUUGGCAGCGACAUUUGAGCAUUAUGAAGAGGCCCAGACCUUCUUGGAGCGAGCCACCAACAUAGAUCCGCCCAGUGUGGUGGCCUGGACGUUGCUGGGUUUGCUCCAUGAGAGCCAGAAUGAAUCCAUCCUGGCUGAGAGGGCUUUUCUGGAGGCCAGAAGGCAGCUGAAGGCAGAAGAAGCAAAGAAGCUAACACAGAUGGAGGAGGAGAGGAAAGACAGAGACAAGAAAAACGUGAAGGAAAAAGACCAGUCAGAGGAGGAGGCAACAGACGCUCCUGCAUGUCAGUCUCCCAGUGUUAAUCAAGACCCAAAGUUUGUUGACCAGGACUCAGAGACACACAAAGAGCCUUCAGCACAGAGUGUCAGCUCCAGAUCAGUUCCAGCAAAAUCUUCCUCCACCAUCUACACAAAGGCUGUCCAGUUCCUGCUGCAGAACAAUGCCCUGCAGAUGGCAGAACAUGCUCUGUCCCAGGAGCUACUGUGUUCAGACGGUGGUCGCAGUGUCUCCUACCUCCUUCUUCUGGCCCAGCUGCAGCUGCUCAAAGCAGACUACUGCAGUGCUGCUGCGAGCCUCAGGGAGGCACUGUUUCACAGAGAUCAGGAUGCGGAUGCAUGGGCUCUGAAUGGUCACUGUCACUACCUGCAAGGGGCUUUCAAUGAUGCCCAGGAGAGCUAUGAACGGAGCCUGAACUUCCUGCAGCAGCCAUCAGACUCUCACCUUGUCCUCCUCCGCAUGGGAGUCAUCUAUCUCCAGCAGGGGCAGUUUGAGCAAGCCAAAUUGAUCUACCUGCAGGCUUGUGAGCAGUCUCCAUCCUGCCUGACGUGGCUGGGCCUGGGCACCGCCUGUUACCGGCUGGAGGAGCUGUGUGUAGCAGAGGAAGCUUUGACUGAGGCCAACCAUCUGAACAAUCAGAAUGCGGAGGUGUGGGCUUACCUGUCUCUGAUUUGCCUCAGGUCUGGCAGACAAGAGGAAGCAGAGCUCUUUUAUAAAUAUGCAGUAAGGUUCAACCUGCAGAAGGAGUCACUGCUCCAAGAGUUCGAUGAGCUGAAGAAUCAGCUCCGCUUCAGUCAUCUGGCUUCAUGCUUUGGAACAAGCUCUGAGGCAGGGCUUUAA